UAUGUCUGUUGUGUAUUGUGUUUUACAUCUAUCAAAUACAAAAAAUAAAAUGAUUUUCUCGUCAAUGUGUCGUGACGUCAGGAGGUCAAAGUGGUAACUGGUAGAGUUAGGAAACCAACAUGGUUUUGUAACAGCAGCAUUUACCUAAGCUUCAUCUUUUUCUACAGCACCGCAGGACCACUUAUUGGCUCGAGCUCGAAGAUGUUACUCUCUUCACUACGGACAACCUUAUUUUGCGGUUGCAGAACUGCUAGCAAGGGAUUUCAACCCAGCAGUCGGAGUCCACAGCUACGACAAUGGCUUGUGAAGAGAGGUCAGAGCACCAUCACAGUGGAGGCGGGGGCUUCCUCCGCCCCGGCAGCAGCUACUGUCCCCAACGUGGCCACAAAUCGUAUAGUAGGUCGUUGGUUACUCGGCUGCAGCGGGCUGGUGAUUGGGGCUAUUGUCUUGGGUGGUGUCACAAGGCUAACAGAAUCGGGGCUUUCCAUGGUUGACUGGCAUCUGGUGAGAGAGAUGAAGCCCCCUCAAACCCAAACAGAGUGGGAUGCUGAGUUUUCCAAAUACCAACAGUUUCCCGAAUUCAAAAUAAUGAACCAUGACAUGACUCUGCCAGAGUUUAAGUUUAUCUUCUACAUGGAGUGGGGUCAUCGUAUGUGGGGAAGGCUGGUUGGACUUGCGUACGUCCUCCCCACCGUUUACUUCUGGAGGAAAGGAUACUUCACUCGCUCCAUGAAGGGAAAAGUGCUUGGGCUUUGCGGAUUUGUCUUCUUCCAGGGCCUUUUGGGGUGGUACAUGGUAAAAAGCGGUUUGGAGGAGAAGCCUGAGUCUCAUGACAUCCCGCGGGUCAGCCAGUAUCGUCUCAGUGCUCAUCUUGGUUCUGCCUUGUUGCUUUACUCCGCCAGUCUCUGGACAGGGCUCACUCUGCUGCUGCCUACACACAAGGUGACAGAAACCAAACGUCUCAUGCAGCUUAGGAGGUUUGCCAAGGGUACUGGUGGACUCGUCUUCCUUACGGCUCUUUCAGGUGCUUUUGUUGCUGGUUUGGAUGCUGGGCUGGUGUAUAACUCCUUCCCUAAGAUGGGAGAACGAUGGAUCCCAGAUGAUCUGCUGGCAUUCUCUCCAACCCUCAAGAACAUCUUUGAAAAUCCCACAACUGUGCAGUUCGACCACAGAAUUUUGGCAAUCUCUUCUUUGACAGCGAUUACAGGCCUCUAUCUGUUCUCAAGGAGGAUGCUGCUGCCCAGGAGGGCUAAGAUCGCCAUCAGCCUUCUCACAGCAAUGGCCUAUGGACAGGUCGCCCUCGGUAUCAGCACCCUGUUACUUUAUGUCCCCACUCCGCUGGCAGCAAUUCACCAGUCUGGCUCUGUGGCUCUUCUCUCACUGGCCAUUUGGGUUCUGGCAGAGCUCCGCAAGAUGCCCAAGUAAAUGCCUCCUCCUUUUAUGGACAAAUACAAUCCCUACUAGCCACACGUCAAGCCUCUAAGAGCCAGCAGUGUCAUCGGGAGUGAGGCUUUCAGAGAGAAAAGUGAAAACAUGUUUCAUUUAACAAUGGACUAUUAUUAAUAUGCUGAAGCAUCUCUCAUGUGGUGCUGCAAUGUGUCAUCACACUGUUAUUAAAGCAGGAGUGGUAUUUUAGUAGUGUUGAUAAACACUUGACAAGAAUACAUCAAGAGAACCAUGAAGAUAAAAACCUGAUGUGAAGUGAUUUUUUUGUUUUUGUUGUUGGAAGGAACUAAACAAAGAAAUGCAAAAACAAGCACAUUUUCAGUUUCUCUCUUUAACUUUAAUGACACACCAACAGGAUUUCCAUAUAAGGGUAUGUAAUUGUUUAGCAGACAGACAUCUGCAGGAUUAUUGUAAGUAGACUGCUCACCUGUUGCCUUGUGUCUUGUCAUACACUGCCUAUUAGUUGAAUCAGAUGUGGCUGUUGGGACUAUAUGUAUAAAUAUGUAUAUUUAAGUUAUGAAUUUCUUGAUGAAAUGUUGCUGUGUACUGUAUCUUAAGAAAUGUAAGGCUAAAUGCACAGUUUUUUUUUAAUAAAGACAAAUUAUUUACAGUCUUUAACAUUCAAA